AGUGGCACAGCGCGCAUUUCCGCUUGGCUCAACGCUAUUAUUUCCUCACACUCAGUGAAUGGAGGCCGUGGUUUGGAAGUCGCACUUUCUGUUUAGAAAAUAACAGUCGUUUGUGUAAAACGAUCGGCACAUUUCGUACGAAGGAGCUUUAAAACUAGACUGGUGUGCGUCAGGCCUUGAGGCUGUAGUCGUGAGCGUGGCGGCCGAGGCUGCUGUUCAUCUGCCCCUCUCCUCCCAUCCAGGUUUGUUGGGAACGAGGGAUUUUUUGUUGUUGUUCGUCUGAAACCAUUCCCAGCGGAUCGCGGUGAGGUUGAGGCCUACUGCAAAGCAUUCACAUGAAUCUCCUCGGAUAAGGGAGAAGGGGAAACGCCAGCAACAGUCGCGAAUUCCUGGAAAAUGUCGGAUGGCCGGGAUCUAACAACGGCCCCGUCGCAGCCGCUUGAUAGGAGUUGUUGGGUGUGUUUUGCCACAGAUGAAGAUGAUCGGACAGCAGAAUGGGUGAGACCCUGCAAGUGCAGGGGCUCCACUAAAUGGGUUCAUCAAGCUUGUCUACAACGAUGGGUAGAUGAGAAGCAAAGGGGCAACAGUACAGCCAGAGUGGCUUGUCCACAGUGCAAUGCUGAAUAUUUAAUUGUCUUUACAAAACUAGGUCCUGUUGUUUAUGUAUUGGAUCUUGCAGACCGUCUAAUCUCAAAAGCAUGCCCAUUUGCAGCAGCUGGAAUCAUGGUGGGUUCUAUCUACUGGACUGCGGUUACCUACGGAGCUGUGACUGUUAUGCAGGUUGUAGGACAUAAAGAAGGCCUAGAUGUCAUGGAGAGAGCUGACCCACUAUUCCUCCUAAUUGGACUUCCAACCAUUCCAGUUAUGCUUAUUUUGGGCAAGAUGAUUCGUUGGGAAGACUACGUUCUGAGACUCUGGCGAAAGUACUCCAAUAAGUUGCAGAUUUUAAAUAGUAUAUUUCCAGGAAUAGGUUGUCCAGUUCCUCGUGUUCCAGCUGAGGCCAGCCCCCUAGCGGACCACGUGUCAGCUACUCGCAUACUUUGUGGUGCUUUGGUUUUCCCUACAAUUGCUACGAUAGUUGGUAAAUUAAUGUUCAGCAGUGUCAACUCAAAUUUGCAAAGGACAAUUUUGACUUUUAAAGAAGAAUCCAGCUCGUGAAAUAAAUUGUGUAAUAGAAAAUUACACUGAAAAGGGUCUUGGGCAGUUAAAGCCAAAAUUACUUGUAAAUGUGCAAGGUUUUGUCCUUGAGAGACCUUUGACAUCUACUGUAGUGUGUUCUAGAUGUCUUGCUAUUUGCACUAUUCAUGAAUAUCAUAGAAAAAUGAACUUUAUGUGAUAGUUUUCAGAUUAAACCUAGCCAAGCAUCCAGGUAAGAUGACCAGUAUAAAUGAAAGGAAUGCAGAUAUAUUGUACGGAUUAAAUAAGGUAUGUCCAUAUUAAUUUUAAUAGGUUAAUGAGUAUAGAUUAUACAUUGAAUAAAUGGCUCUUCCUUGGGAGAGAAGCCAUUUAUUCAUGGUAUGGAAUAAAUGGCUUCAUUUUGCACAGGAAGAGAUUUAACAACUCCAGAGAUGUAUUUCAAAGUGAUUAUGGAUUAUAUUUUCUCUUAUCUUUUGAAUGAAUUGAUGGAGUGUUUAUUAAUUUAAAAAUUAUGAACAAGUAUCUUGUUUCAAAUAGAAUUAAGAUUUAUAUUGAGUAUAUACCUAUAUUCUGUUGCUUGGUGUCCUGAUUGGCACCAGAGAUUCCAGCUUUGGAUUAAACCAGGAUAACAAUGAACACCUUGACUUGAAAUGUUAAAACUAAUGCUUCCAAGUUCAUGCUUCCUUACACCAUAGGAGGAAUCCUUCAGGAUAACAAACCUGUGCCAUUCUUGGAAUAUCCCAUUUCCCCCAUUAUUUUGCUAUACUUCCUCCCCAAUUAACUUCCCACUUCCUACACUGGGGCUAAUUUAAAUUAAGCAUUUAAGUUAACCACCCAGCACACCUUUGGUAUCUAGGAUAUUGGAGCAUCUGAGGGAGACCUAUGUGUUGACAAGGGAAAAUGUGUAAACUUGACAUAGGCAGCGCUGAAAGCUAGAAGUGAAUACAUAUUGCUGGAACUGUGAGACAACUGCAUUAUCUAUAGUGCCACCAUGCUACUCACUCUUAAGAGUUCUCAUCAGUUAAGUGGGGGGGGGUGGUCCAAAGAUAUGUUGCUCCUGAAAGUUUGUGUGUGAUCUUGUUUGGAGAUUAAAUAGAUUGAAGUCCAUAGACCUCAGUGUUCCAUGGACUUGAACAUUUUUUACGUAUGGGUGGAACUUAGUCAAGUUCAGCUUCAGCCUUCACAGGCACAGAUGUGCUCCUACUCUGGAACUGAUGCAUUAUAAAUAUCCCAGAUUGGUGCAGAUGGGUGGAGUAUUCAAAAUGAUGCUCUGCUGGUGGUAGUCUGUUGAAAGCAAGAAAUGUUAGGUCAGGAAAUAUUUGACUUGAGAACAUGAAUCUCUGUAAGAAUUGGGUUGAAGGAGGAAGUCUGUUCUCUAAUGUUUGCGUGCUUCCCUUUUGAUUAGCAUAAAACUCCCCAAAACAAAAUCAAAAACCUGCAUUUGCAUGUUAUAAAUGGUGUUCUGAGUCACCAAGAAUACAAACACCAAAUUAACUAUUUGGCUAACACCAAAUCCACAGUCACAGAUGAAAAUUCACAGAUGAAAAGAUCAUCUUGUUCAGAAUUUAGAAUUCUUAUAUCAAAAUAUGGACUCACUAAUAUGUGUUUUUUUUAAAUUAGGGAUUUGGAACUACUUGUUCCUCAACUUAUUCUGAUCUUUUUGUUGCAUGCAGAACUUUAAACUAUCAUCUAAAGAAUGAAAAGUCAGAAGGAACAUGCUCCUCUUGCUUUUGCAGAUUACUAACUAAAUUAUAAAGCAUCAGAAAUAGAGAGAAAGCUUAUUUGGAACAUGAUAAUACUUUGACUAUUCUUGUCUGUUCAUUUAACAGGGUGGUAUUGCCUUUGUAGCUAUCAAAGGGGCUUUUAAAGUGUACUUCAAGCAGCAACAGUAUUUGCGUCAGGCCCACCGCAAGAUAUUAAAUUUUCCAGAAGAGGAAGCAUGAGAUGUCUGACUGCAGUAUGAUUAACGUGCUAUCAUUCUUACCUAGCAGUUGAGCAUUAUCAGUUCCAUUCUUUCGUUUUAUGGUAUUGUGGGUAUGCUGCUGGUGCAGACUAAUUACACAUUUUUAGGAGCAAAAUAAAGCACUUUCAUUUGGUUAAAACUGGCAGCAAGUACUAUCAGUGAUCAUUGAAACCGAGAAUGCAUUAGCGACAUAAAUAUUUAAUUAGUAUUGUAUCUAGAAUAACCUUUUUGGCCAAGCAGCAAAUGUUAGUUUUCAGACCUGUGCAUUUUAACUUUUUGCUGACUGUACAGUUUAUUUUCAAAAAUUGUAAGAUGUCUAUUGUAUCCGUUCUGCUUUAUUUCCUUUUAAUAAACCAUUGCUGUACAUUUUUUACAAUCUUUCCUUUCAUUAAACCCCAGCUAAAUAAUGUUUCUCUUAUUUUAUAUAGUAAUUACACUACAUCCUACAUGCACCAUUAUUUGAUGGCAUUUUCAUGGUUGACAAAUAAUUUAUUCAACUUUGUACCAGAUGAGGACAAUUUUUAAGGUAGUCUCUGGUUCUAGACAUGAUCUCCUUAAUGUUUUGUAUUGUUACUUUUGAAUCUUUGUUGAAAAUGUCCAAGACUUUUUUUCCUUUGCAUAUUAUUGAUGAAACAAGUUAAAUAGGAUUCUAACUGUUUGCUCCAAACCUUUCUCCCUAGUUUCAACUGCUACCACCAACAAUAUGCUGCAUCUUUCAACAUUUUCUUUUACUGUCUUCAAUUGUGGCAAAACAGUAAAAAUCUGUUUGUAAGCUUACCAUAUCAGUGAUGUUGUUUGAACAUGUAUUGAUUGUACAGUAUUCCCUAUUAAUCUGUAGAUUUCAUUGGCCAAAACAUAUAACAAAUAAACCAUUUAUAUUAAAAAUACUUGUUUUCUUUUCCAUGAUAAUGUACAGUUUUAUGGAUCACAUUUUUGUUUCAAUAUAAAUUUUAUUUGGGGUUUUAAUAUCAUGAUUCACAGUUGAGGACUAGACAGGAACAGGCAUUGAAGUAUAAUAAUACAGCACAGAAAUCGUUCAUUUCAGUCUGUGUGCAUCUGUUUUACAUAAACAACUGAACCCAAGUCCAUUCUCUCCCCCCCCCACCACUGAUCUUCAGAAAUUAUUAAAAAGUUGAGAGUUGAUGAAAGGUAAUUGAACUGAAGACUUCACCCUAUUUCUCUCUCUACCGAUGUCUCCAGACCUGCUGAAUAGUUCCAAUAUUUUGAUAUAGGAUUUGGGAAAAGGCAAAGUGAAAGAAUAGUUCUAAGAAAUUUUAAGAUGGGGAGAUAUUAUAAGGAAGAAGAGUUCAGGAAUAAAUAAUUGUAAUACAAUAAAGGUUCUCUGGAACUGAUUUUCAAAUAAGGAGACAACAGUUAAAGAUGGUGGAUACAAAAUCAAAGUUAAACUUAUACAAGACAGAAAAGCAAUUCCCAAGUGCUGAGGCGCUAUGAAUGAUUAACUCAGGGAUAGAGGAAUGGGAUUUAGUAUAAGACAAAUUGAUAGUGUCAAGUUCUUUAUAAGGUGAAAUUAUUUAACAUCGUCUAUGCAAGUGAGCUCAAUGAUGAGUUUGGGAUAAUGAAGGAGAUAAAGAUUUAUGCAUCAGUCAGUGGAGCAGAAAGAUGAAGCAGCUUAAAGAAAGAGGUGAAAUCCAGUAGCAAUUAGAAAUCAAAUUUAGGUUUUAAAAUCUAGAAGAAUUGUGUCUUUAAGAGAAAUCCAUGCAACUUGUGGAGGAGAAGGGUACAAGUCCAACAGUGGCUGUGUUACAAGAAAUAGACUUGUAUUUUGGGGAUUAAAGCUAGUAAUUAUUCCAAGACAUUGGAAUCAUUUAAGAGUAAGUUCACAAAAAAUGCUGUUAAUGCACGUUCAUGAUCUAAGAUGGUCGUCUCCUAUAUUUGAGUGUAAAAGUGAUUCCUUUUUUUUGGUGAUCUAAUAUAUUACUAAGAGAUUGUUGUGUUCAACUGCCAGUGUAUUAAUGCCUGUAUAGUAUCAAUUACUAGUUGCAAAUUUUAAUUUGGUUUCUUGAUGUAGAGCUAUUUGAUGUAAUAAAACAUGGUACUGAACUGCUUUAUUUGUCCCUGUUUAUG